GAGGCGGCAGCAGCGGCAGCAGCGCUAGCCGCCACCUCCACUGAAGCCGCAACCUGGGCUCAGCCUCCCUUCAGCCCCGCAGCUGCUGCAGUCAUGGCUGCGGAUGGGGUGGACGAACGCUCGCCUCUGCUGUCAGCAUCCCAUUCUGGAAAUGUCACUCCCACCGCCCCGCCGUACUUGCAAGAAAGCAGCCCCAGAGCGGAACUCCCACCCCCAUACACCGCCAUUGCUAGCCCAGAUGCCAGUGGUAUUCCUGUAAUCAACUGCCGCGUGUGCCAAUCGCUAAUCAAUUUGGAUGGCAAACUUCACCAGCAUGUGGUUAAGUGCACCGUUUGCAAUGAAGCUACACCAAUCAAAAACCCCCCGACAGGGAAGAAAUAUGUUAGAUGCCCUUGUAAUUGUCUCCUCAUUUGUAAGGACACAUCUCGGCGAAUAGGAUGUCCGAGACCCAACUGUAGACGCAUAAUUAAUCUUGGCCCAGUAAUGCUUAUUUCUGAAGAGCAGCCAGCUCAACCUGCAUUGCCAAUCCAACCAGAAGGAACAAGGGUGGUAUGUGGACACUGUGGAAAUACGUUCCUUUGGAUGGAACUGAGGUUCAACACUCUGGCAAAAUGCCCACACUGCAAAAAAAUCUCUUCAGUGGGUAGUGCACUUCCACGAAGACGCUGCUGUGCAUAUAUUACCAUUGGAAUGAUAUGUAUUUUCAUUGGAGUGGGAUUAACUGUUGGCACCCAAGACUUUGCGAGACGAUUUCAUGCAACCUAUGUUUCUUGGGCAAUUGCUUAUCUUUUAGGUUUGAUCUGCCUUAUCCGAGCUUGUUAUUGGGGAGCCAUAAGAGUCAGUUAUCCAGAACAUAGUUUUGCAUAAGCUUGCUUAUGAUUCAGUGAUGCAGGUGAGAGCGUCUAGCAGUUCUUGAUAAGCUAUUCUGGACAUCUUUCAAUCGUUUAUCCUAAUGGAUUCCAUUCUGGUUUAUGUUUAAUAGUUUCAAGACUUUGGGAGCCUUUUAUGAGUAAAUGCUCAUUGCACUGCAUUUUAUGCAAAUAGUUUGUUUUGCUGCUAGGUUUUCAAAUUCAAAAUAACAAAGCUGUGUUUUUAUGUUCUUUUAAAUCAAUUAAAGAUAUUUUUGGAUGUCACCAAACAUAACAUAAUAUCACUCUUUCUUAUGUUCAAAUGUGUUAUUCCAUUAAUUGCUGAUCUGUAAGUAUUUCCAAGAAGUGUUUAUAAAUGUUUCUACAAUCAUUUCACAUUUAUACUUACAUCUUAAUUAAACAGCAUCAAAAUUGCUUGCUUUAAAAUGAAAGCAAUAUGCAUUUGCUUGAACUGCUUACAGUAAUUUUAACCUAAGAUUAUAGUGACCUUAUUCAGGAAAAGAAUUGAGUGUACUUUCAAAAACUCAACAUUGUUGUCAGAGAAACAUUUCUAGAUAACCGUAUGCUUGUUUUUUGUUGUUUGUAGAAAGAUACAAUAUUUUGGUAGUAAUUUAAAAUACAAGAAUGAAAAUAUUUAUUUGUUCACAGUUGAAAAUGUUGGAUAAAUGUCUUUUCUCAAAGAUCACAGGAUUUUUGCCUUUCUUUUUUUCUUUUUAUUUACCAAUUUAAAAAAUUCUGCAUUUAUGUAAUUUAAUGUUAAUCCACUGUAUGUAUUCCUUUAUAGAGACUUGAGGAAGUAUUUCACAUGACAUAUUUUAUAAUACUGAACCAUUUAAUCAAAAAUAUUUACAUUGGGUUAUGUUUCUUUUCAUUAGAUCAUGGGGAAUUUUUCUUGUUGGGAUAAUUAUGUACCACUUAUAUGUGAAAGGAGCCUAUGACAUUUUGCACUAGCUAAAAUGUUAAGAUUAGAGGUACUCUUAUCACUCUUCUCAAAUAUAACUGACUAGACAAUUACCCAAUUAAUUUAAGAAAACAGAUCACAGAUAAAGAGAAACAUAGUUUCUAAGAAUUCACUAGGACUUUCGGAAUCAGCUCUUGCACUGCCCAUCUUUGCAGUUUUGAAAAAGAAAUUGCUUAAUUGAGAAGUAAUAUUCUGAAGUCUUUCAUGUUAUAGAAUUAGCUAAUGAGAUGAUCUGAGUAAAUUAAUUGGUGAUACCAGGGAUAAGACUAAUAUUUUAAAUUAUUUAUGUUCCUGAUUAGUAUAAAAGUGUACUCACCAGAGAGUUUGGAGCAAAAUACAUGUAAACUUCAAAGAGUAAAUGAUAAAUGUAUAAAUGCAGUAGCUCAGGAUUAUAUGUACCUUUGAAACUACACUAAUAAAGAUUAUUGUUCAAAAAUUACUUUGUUCUAGUCCAUUUUAAAAAUUAAGAUAUCAUUUCCAAAAUUGCCUUGAGAUCCCACUCUAAAGUUUUCAUGUUUAAGAAGAUAUAGUAUUUUAUAUAUUUGUUUUUUCUACUGUUUUCAUGAAUUAAAAAAACCAUAUUUUAAAUUCAUUUGUAAUGUGCUUGAUGUUCAAUAUGAAAUACUCUAAUUUUUUCUUUUCUUAAUGAUUAACUAGUUGCAACAACAUCAUAUAUUGAAUAGUCAAUACCUUCUUUCCCCUUAGAUUUGAAAUCCCACAUUAAAUUAUAUAAUACACCAUCCAAUUCCUUCUGGAAUAUAACUCCAUGAGAGAAGAAACCUUGCAAAUGUUAUUCACUGCUUUAUUCCCAUUUAGAACAGUUCCUAUUAUAUAUGUGCUCAGUGUACAUGAACGAAUGAAUAUGCAUGAAUGAAUAAAUGACUGAAUUUUAUUUUAAACAUGUGUGUGUUUAUGUUUUGUGCCAGAAUAUAUAGGUAAAUAUUAUAAUUUCAGGUUUAGGAAAAGCUUUCUAAGUAGAACCUAAAAGCAGAAAUCAUAUAGUAAAGGACGGAUAAAGUGGGUGACUGAAACCAAAUGAACACCUCAGAAACUACUAUGUGAAAAAUAGAUAAAUAAAAACCAAAGAAGACAAAAGACAAACUGGUGAAGAUAUUUUCAAAACAGUGUUAAUCUAUGUAAUAAGGGAAGGAAAUAAAGGCAUGAAAAGCAAUUCAUGAAGGAAGAAGUAUAAAUAAUCAAACAUGAACUUUUUUCAAUUUACUAAUAAUCAAAGAAUGUAAACUAAAUAAAGUAUUUUUUAUCUACCACAUUAACAAAGAAUGAAAAAGAGCAAUAAUAUCCUUUUAAUUAUGGAGAUAUGAGAAAACAUACAUAUGUGUGCAUGUACACAGUCACACACACACACACACACACACCUUCUAUUUUCUUUGGAGUAGAAGAUAAUAUAUGCACAAUGAGGUUUAUCACAUUUUAGUUUAUUGUAUGUAUUAAAACAAAAAAAUAAAACCAUAAUGGGGGAUGGGUAAAAUAAUUUGGUAUACUCAUACUAUGUAAUAAUAUGCAGACACUCAGAAUAUGAUGAAAAU